UCUCUUUCCCCACUCACAAAUCUGUAAUAUUUUUUCAAGUGAAAUGCAUGUCCAAACAUAAUUUCAAAUUUCAAAUACAAUUUUUCAACUUAACUCCAAAUCUUAUUUUUUUCCAAAAAUUACAAUUUUUAUGUCAGACGCCUACUAAAUCUUUGUAAGAAUACAAUUUUCACUCUUUUCUACUUGGUACAAAAACAGCAGAAGUGAAGAUGUCUUGUUAUUCAUUUAGUCUUUUUAUAUGCUACCAUGUUGAAGUUGGCAACUCUAGCUAUCAAUUGGAAAGCUGUGAGAUUUUUAAAGUUUCAAAAUUAGAAUCUCUUCUAAUAAAAUAUUAAAACAACUUUAGUAAAAAACAAAUUUUAUUGGUUUACCCAUCAUGUGAAGCCUGGAUAGCAUCCCACUACAUCAAAUAACACCAAAAUAUUUUACAAAAAAUUGUGCAUAUUUUACAUUAUAAAUCUAGAUAACUGUCAGUGAGCACCACUAUCCCCACCACCCUCUCCAAACCCCCAAAGCAAGUCUCUCUUACUUUGCUACGGAGGAGAAGUAUGUCAAUUAUCCCAAGAGUUUUUCUUCCUCUACUGCUUUUGAUGUUUGUUACAAAAAAUUCAGUGAAUGGACAGCUAGAAGAAUGGUGCAUAGCAGAUGAGCAAACACCAGACAAUGAGUUGCAGGUGGCAUUAGAUUGGGCAUGUGGAAAAGGGGGUGCAGAUUGUAGCAAGAUUCAAAAGGACCAAGUUUGCUAUUACCCAAAUACUGUGAAAGACCAUGCUUCUUAUGCCUUUAAUAAUUACUUUCAGAAGUAUAAGAAGAAAGGUGGAAGUUGUUUCUUCAAUAAUGCUGCUAUGAUUACUCAAGUUGAUCCUAGUUAUAAUUCUUGCCAUUACGAGUAUAUGCCCUAGUGCUUAUUGCUUUUCAAUCUGUUAAUGCCAAGUUGAGGUUCAUCAUUUAAGCCAAGAAAGAUAGUCCCGGGCAUUAACCAGCUGACUAUAUUCUGGAUUUUGAGUAAUUGGAAUUCAAUAUGUUGUACCCAUUUUUGCUACUGAAAGUCUGAGAUAUCAGCUGCUUGUCAUGCAAUAGUGACAUGCACUAAUUUAUCAUUA